AAACGGCUAGAACGCUGAGCGCUGUGCUCCACUGGGCUUUGUGUUUUGGAGUUAGAUUUGCUUUUGAGAGAGAUGACUGGCCUCGCGGUGCAAAGAGUGGACUGAACGGGGCAAGACUGGAGACAGAGAAGCGUGGAAAGAAGGGUUUGUGUCUUGCCUUUCUCAGCAUCGGCCUUUCCCUACUUUACUUGGCCAGCGCCUCGCUCUCCGGGAUCUCCCUCCCUCCUCCUCCCCAGGGCCCCCGGGGCAGGCGGAGAGGCGAGGCCAGGCGAGGGGUGGCCCUGCCUGGGUGGUCUCCUGCGCUACCCCCCGCGGCGCCGUUGCCUAGCAGCAGAUCCGGGCCGCGCGGAUCUGGGUAAUUUGCCGGCCCCUCAGCCAAUGGGAGAGCGUCGCCCCUGCCCUCGCCCUUUUUCUGGGGCUACAGACGCUUCCUCGGCACUGCGGUCGCCACCUCGAGCCGCGCGGGCGUCGCGGGCUGUAGCUCUGCGGGCACGCGGGACUCAGUCCGCCUCGCACGCCUCUGGGUCACGGCCCCCGCGGCGCGCCUGCCCCCAACCCUCUCCCACGCCCCGCGCCCGAGCGGUACAGGGGGAUCGGACCAGCCUAUGGGGGCUCCCAGAUAACGCGGGCUGGGGGCGCCCAGCCCCCCCACUCCCGCCAGCAUGGCUCGGCGGCCACCCCUCGGGGAGCUGCCUCCGGACUACACCCCGCCAGCUGGAUCCGCAGCGCCCCAGAUCCUAGCUGGGAGCCUGAAGGCUCCGCUCUGGCUUCGUGCUUACUUCCAGGGCCUGCUCUUCUCGCUGGGCUGCAGGAUCCAGAGACACUGUGGCAAAGUGCUCUUCCUGGGACUGCUGGCCUUUGGGGCCCUGGCACUGGGCCUCCGUGUGGCCAUCAUUGAGACAGACCUAGAACAGCUCUGGGUGGAAGUGGGCAGCCGGGUGAGCCAGGAGCUGCAGUACACCAAGGAGAAGCUGGGCGAGGAGGCUGCGUACACCUCCCAGAUGUUGAUACAGACCCCGCGCCAGGAGGGGGAGAACGUCCUCACACCUGAGGCACUGCGCCUCCACCUCCAGGCAGCCCUCACCGCCAGCAAAGUGCAAGUAUCACUCUAUGGAAAGUCCUGGGACUUGAACAAAAUCUGCUACAAGUCAGGAGUUCCCCUCAUUGAAAAUGGCAUGAUUGAGCGGAUGAUUGAGAAGCUGUUCCCGUGCGUGAUCCUUACCCCCCUCGACUGCUUCUGGGAGGGAGCCAAGCUCCAAGGGGGCUCUGCCUACUUGCCCGGCCGUCCCGACAUCCAGUGGACCAACCUGGAUCCCGAGCAGCUGCUGGAGGAGCUGGGCCCCUUCGCCUCCCUUGAGGGCUUCCGGGAGCUGCUCGCCAAGGCACAGGUGGGCCAGGCCUACGUGGGGCGGCCCUGUCUGAACCCUGAUGACCCUCACUGCCCGCCUAGCGCUCCCAACCACCACAGCAGGCAGGCUCCCCGUGUGGCUCAGGAACUGAGCGGGGGCUGCCACGGUUUCUCCCACAAGUUCAUGCACUGGCAGGAGGAAUUGCUGCUGGGAGGCAUGGCCAGGAGCCCCCAAGGACAGCUGCUCAGGGCCGAGGCCCUGCAGAGCACCUUCCUGCUGAUGAGUCCCCGCCAGCUGUACGAGCACUUCCGGGGCGACUACCAGACGCACGACAUCGGCUGGAGCGAGGAGCAGGCGGGCACCGUGCUGCAGGCCUGGCAGCGGCGCUUCGUGCAGCUGGCCCAGGAGGCCCUGCCCGAGAACGCGUCCCAGCAGAUCCACGCCUUCUCCUCCGCCACCCUGGAUGACAUCCUGCAGGCCUUCUCCGAAGUCAGCGCUGCCCGCGUAGCCGGAGGCUAUCUGCUCAUGCUGGCCUACGCCUGUGUGACGAUGCUACGGUGGGACUGUGCCCAGUCCCAGGGUGCCGUGGGCCUCGCCGGGGUGCUGCUGGUGGCCCUGGCAGUGGCCUCAGGCCUCGGGCUCUGCGCCCUGCUCGGCAUCGCCUUCAAUGCUGCCACCACCCAGGUGCUGCCCUUCUUGGCACUGGGCAUCGGCGUGGAUGACAUAUUCCUGCUGGCACACGCCUUCGCAGAGGCCCCACCUGGCACCCCUCUGCAGGUUGAUGUGUGGAUCGAUGAGGAGCGCAUGGGCGAGUGUCUGCUCCGCACCGGCCCCAGCGUCGCUCUCACGUCCAUCAACAACAUGGCGGCCUUCUUCAUGGCCGCCCUCGUUCCCAUCCCUGCGCUGCGGGCCUUCUCCUUGCAGGCGGCCAUCGUGGUUGGCUGCAACUUUGCAGCCGUGAUGCUCGUCUUCCCAGCGGUCCUCAGCCUGGACCUGCACCGGCGCCACUGCCAGCGCCUCGAUGUGCUCUGCUGCUUCUCCAGCCCCUGUUCUGCUCGGGUGAUUCAGAUUCUGCCCCAGGAGCUGGCGGACAGGACAGUACCAGUGGGCAUUGCCCACCUGACGGCCACCGUUCACGCCUUCGCCCACUGUGACUCCAGCAGCCAGCAUGUGAUCACCAGCCUGCCUCCCCAGGCCCACCUGGUGCCUCCACCUUCUGAUCCACUGAGCUCUGAGCUGUUCAGCCCGGGAGGGUCCACUCGGGACCUUCUGGGCCAGGAGGAGGGGACAAGGCAGAAGGCAGCCUACAAGUCUCUGCCCUGUGCCCGCUGGACUCUUGCCCAUUUUGCCCGCCAUCAGUUUGCACCCUUGCUGCUCCAGUCACGCGCCAAGGCUGUGGUGCUGGUCCUCUUUGGGGCUCUUCUGGGCCUGAGCCUCUACGGAGCGACCUUGGUGCAGGACGGGCUGGCCCUGACCGACGUGGUGCCGCGGGGCACCAAGGAGCAUGCCUUCCUGAGCGCCCAGCUCAGGUACUUCUCCCUGUACGAGGUGGCCCUGGUGACACAGGGUGGCUUUGACUACGCCCACGCCCAACGCGCCCUCUUUGAUCUGCACCAGCGCUUCAGUUCCCUCAAGGCCGUGCUGCCGCCACCUGCCACUCAGGCGCCCCGCACCUGGCUGCACUAUUACCGCAACUGGCUGCAGGGAAUCCAGGCUGCGUUUGACCAGGACUGGGCUUCUGGGCGCAUUACCCGCCACUCCUACCGCAAUGGCUCUGAGGAUGGGGCCCUGGCCUACAAGCUGCUCAUCCAGACCGGGGAUGCCCGGGAGCCUCUGGAUUUCAGCCAGCUGACCACGAGGAAGCUGGUGGACACGGAGGGGCUGGUUCCACCCGAGCUCUUCUACGUGGGGCUGACCGUGUGGGUGAGCAGUGACCCCCUGGGCCUGGCGGCCUCGCAGGCCAACUUCUACCCCCCACCCCCCGAGUGGCUGCACGACAAGUAUGACACCACCGGGGAGAACCUGCGCAUCCCGGCGGCCCAGCCCCUGGAGUUUGCCCAGUUCCCCUUCCUACUGCGCGGCCUCCAGAAGACAGAGGACUUUGUGGAGGCCAUCGAGGGGGCCCGGGCAGCAUGCGCCGAGGCAGGCCAGGCCGGGGUGCGUGCCUACCCCAGCGGCUCCCCCUUCCUCUUCUGGGAGCAGUACCUGGGCCUGCGGCGCUGCUUCCUGCUGGCGGUCUGCAUCCUGCUGGUGUGCACUUUCCUGGUCUGUGCCCUGCUGCUGCUCAACCCCUGGACAGCCGGCCUCAUAGUGCUGGUCCUGGCCGUGAUGACCGUGGAGCUCUUUGGCAUCAUGGGUUUCCUGGGCAUCAAGCUGAGCGCCAUCCCCGUGGUGAUCCUUGUGGCCUCUGUGGGCAUCGGUGUCGAGUUCACAGUCCAUGUGGCUCUGGGCUUCCUGACCACCCAGGGCAGCCGGAACCUGCGGGCUGCCCGGGCCCUCGAGCACACGUUCGCCCCAGUGACCGAUGGGGCCGUCUCCACGUUGCUGGGUCUGCUCAUGCUUGCUGGUUCCAACUUUGACUUCAUCGUAAGGUACUUCUUCGUGGUGCUGACGGUGCUCACACUCCUGGGCCUCCUCCAUGGGCUCGUGCUGCUGCCUGUGCUGCUGUCCAUCCUGGGCCCCCCACCAGAGGUGGUGCAGAUGUACAAAGAGAGCCCCGAGGCCCUGAGGCCCCCAGCUCCACGAGCAGGAGGGCUCAGGUGGGGGUUGUCCCCCACCCUGCCCCAGAGCUUCGCCAGAGUGACUACCUCCAUGACCGUGGCCCUCCACCCGCCCCCACUGCCCGGUGCCUACAUCCACCCAGCCUCUGAUGAGCCUCCUUGGUCCCCUGCUGCCACACCGGCUGCCAACGGCUCCAGCAACCUCACUUCUAGGGGACCAUGUCCAGCCCCGGAGUGAAAGCGCAGCUGAAGCAUGGAGGCCCUGCUUGGGCCACGUGAAGUCACUGGAAAGCAGUGGGUGGUUACUGAGUGCAGGGAGGACUCCUGGAGAGCUCUGCUGCUGCCGCCUGCCUGCCUGCACCCCCUCCCCUGACUCGGCCAUCACAGACCUCCCUGACGUCUGCACAGAACCAGCACCUAGGCUGUGAACAGCCUCCCACACUGGGUCCCGCGUGCCUGUCCCUGUGUCUGGGUAGGAGUAAAACCAGCACCCCACACUGCUGCCCCCAGCCCACCAAGCCUGAGGGACCCUCUAGCACCCUUUGCUGGUCCUGGCCCCCACUGCCUGGUGACUCCUGGGUAGGCUCUCUGUAUCCCUGCCUACCUCCUACCACAUAAAUUAUUUAUAUGAAGAUGUUUAUUUUUGUAGUUUGUACAGAUGUUAGCUAUGCUGAAAGUUUUAUUUUUAAAGAGUGAAAUAUAUUCUAUAUGAACUCA